CACACCGCAUAACGGACAAACCAAGCAGACCAUCCCCCCUUCUCUUCUUAUCAAAGUUUCAGUAGUAAUCAUGCGUGAGUGCAUCUCCGUCCACGUAGGCCAGGCCGGCUGCCAAAUCGGCAAUGCCUGCUGGGAGCUGUACUGCCUGGAGCACGGCAUCCAGCCUGACGGACAGAUGCCCUCCGACAAGACCAUCGGAGGGGGGGAUGACUCCUUCAACACAUUCUUCAGCGAGACGGGGGCGGGGAAGCACGUCCCCCGGGCGGUGUUUGUGGACCUGGAGCCCACCGUCAUCGAUGAGGUUCGUACCGGAACAUACCGGCAGCUGUUCCACCCCGAGCAGCUGAUCACAGGGAAGGAAGACGCAGCCAAUAACUACGCCCGCGGCCACUAUACCAUCGGCAAGGAGAUCAUCGACCUCGUGCUAGACAGAACUCGCAAGCUGGCGGACCAGUGCACUGGACUCCAGGGCUUCCUCAUCUUCCACUCCUUCGGUGGAGGAACGGGCUCCGGCUUCACCUCUCUGCUGAUGGAGCGUCUCUCCGUUGACUACGGGAAGAAGUCCAAGCUGGAGUUCGCCAUUUACCCCGCGCCCCAGGUGUCCACCGCCGUGGUGGAGCCCUACAACUCCAUCCUGACCACCCACACCACCCUGGAGCACUCGGACUGCGCCUUCAUGGUAGACAACGAGGCCAUCUACGACAUCUGCCGCAGGAACCUGGACAUCGAGCGCCCUACCUACACCAACCUCAAUAGGCUGAUCGGUCAGAUCGUCUCCUCAAUCACCGCCUCCCUGCGCUUCGACGGUGCCUUGAACGUCGACCUGACAGAGUUCCAGACCAACUUGGUGCCCUACCCCCGUAUCCACUUCCCCCUGGCCACCUACGCCCCCGUCAUCUCCGCCGAGAAGGCCUACCACGAGCAGCUGUCGGUAGCAGAGAUCACGAACGCCUGCUUUGAGCCGGCCAACCAGAUGGUGAAGUGCGACCCUCGCCACGGCAAGUACAUGGCGUGCUGCCUACUGUACCGCGGAGACGUGGUGCCCAAAGACGUCAACUCCGCCAUCGCCACCAUCAAGACCAAGCGCACCAUCCAGUUCGUGGACUGGUGCCCCACCGGCUUCAAGGUGGGAAUCAACUACCAGCCCCCCACCGUGGUGCCGGGAGGAGAUCUGGCCAAGGUGCAGAGGGCCGUGUGCAUGCUGAGCAACACCACCGCCAUCGCCGAGGCCUGGGCGCGCCUGGACCACAAGUUUGACCUGAUGUACGCCAAGAGGGCCUUUGUCCACUGGUACGUCGGGGAGGGCAUGGAGGAGGGAGAGUUCUCCGAGGCCAGGGAGGACAUGGCCGCCCUGGAGAAGGAUUACGAAGAGGUGGGCACCGAUACUGUUGGCGAUGAAGGAGAAGAAGAAGGGGAAGAAUAUUGAGUCACAUUGAGUCCCAAAAAAACAACGUAUUUAUCAUGUCAAAAAAUACUGACAUUUGGCUUCACCUCUGUUAAAGAGUAGGAGAUGUUACAUAUUUUGUUAUAUUUCUUAUUGUCGUGUUAAGGCUGUAACACGUACUGUUAACCAACGUUAACCUGAUUCUUUUGUAGUUGAAAGUUCACAUCAAACUUCCUGGCACAAAACCAAUACUGAUUGUUUCAUACUCCUCACGUUUAUUAAACAUUUCUUUUUAUGAAAGUCUGUUUAACCAAUAUUAUACACUAUUUUGAUAUGAAAAUGGAAUUUAAAAAACCUGCUUGUGGAACAGUUCUAUCAGAAUUUUUUUUGAAAGGACAAAGUCUGGACAAAAUGUUGUAGAGCCAAGCAAUUAUAGGGAUAAUCAUUGAAUAAAACAGU